CCCCCACUGUGCUGGCACAACUGUGAAAAAGAGUUCCAGGGUGAAGAGACCAGUGCUGCGUGUGCCUUUACCUUUCUCGUACCAUCAUUUGCAUGGUUGUUUUUAACCUUUUUUUUAACCUGAUGGACAAUUUCAAUAUUUUAACUGCAAUCCUAGAAAAGUUUUGUUUUUCCUUUUUAGAGGCAUGUCAGAAACUAAACACAAGUGGGAAAAGUACUGGAAAAUGCUUGAUAUCAGGGAGGACAUUAAUGGUCUUGGAGAGGAGACGAGAAGAAAUACCCAGAAGGAAUGACAUCGUGGGAAGAAGUUUCUUUCGUACGGGAUACACAAACACAUAGUGGUGAGGAUUUUCAAAGAUGGAGGACACAGGAGAAGAGGCGGUACAGGAUAGGAGGAGCGGAAGGACAUAAGAUGGCGUGAGGACCAAAGCCGGUGGUUGGUUUGAUCCGAGCCACGUGUGUGUUCAGCUACGUCUCCUCACCACGUUAUGGAUGUCGACGAAACGUUGGGUUCUUCUAAUGGCUGGUCUCUCUAGUCUUUGACCAGGUCAACAUUCUGCUCAAAGAUGUGGUUCACUCAGGGAUUCAGACUGAGGAAAGAGUCCUUCCUCCUGAACACAUGGCAUCCAUGAAAUCCGCCCUGUCGCCCUGUCUAUCAUUGGCCAUGAGUGUAACGGGAAGCUGAUAGCAUGUGACCAACAGCACCCUGGAACCCAGCAUCACGCUGCUACACCACCUUGAUAAAACCUCCGUCAGGAAAAUGGCCGAUGCAGGUUUUCGGUUUUGGAACAAGGACAACAAGUUCCAGCAGGCAGAUUUGCUGACGUCACCAUUGGCAUCACUCCAUCUCAUCGACGAAAAGACCGACCAAAUGGGGGAUGAGCAUGGACCACAUUUUAUAUGUCCUCCAAUAACAUCAUCCAGCCAAUCACAAAAGGAGGCUGACAUAUCUUCAGCUCCAUGCUCUCAUCAGUCACUAUCAUUUCAAGAGACCGUGCAGCCUCAGAUGAGCCGAAAUGACAGCGAGGCUCAGUCUCCCACUUUGACAGCGUUCAUGCAGGAUCUUUCCACAUUUGCCGCUGCUGAUGACGACGUGUUUCAGGACUUAGGAAACAUCCCCAAGGAAGACGAGAUCCCGCCCAAGAACAUCAUCACCACAGCAAUGGCAGCUUGUGAUGCCUGCACUGAGCAAAAACAGCUGGCUGAUUCAGAGUGGUACUGGGGCAACAUCUCAAGAGACGAAGUCAACAGGAUGAUGAGAAACACACCCGAUGGCACAUUCUUGGUACGAGAUGCUUCUAGCAAGGUCAAGGGGGAAUACACCUUAACACUGAGGAAAGAUGGCUCCAAUAGACUGAUAAAAAUCCUCCAUCAUGGUGGAAAGUACGGCUUCUCUGAGCCAUUGACUUUCCUUUCAGUCGUGGAGCUUAUUCAGUACUACCAGGACAAGUCACUGGCCCAGUACAACUCUAAACUAGAUACGCGGCUGCUGUUUCCCAUCUCCAAAUAUUUGCAGCAUGUUGUGAUGGAGGUUGGCAUGGAUGCAGUCGGAGAACGGCUCAAGUUAUUUCAGGACCAUUAUGAAGAGAAAAGCAAAGAGUAUGACCGUCUCUAUAAGGAGCUCAACCUAACAUCACAGGAAUUACAGACUAAACGGAUGGCCAUUGAGGCUUUCAGUGAAAUCAUUCGGAUUUUUGAAGAGGAGUGUGAAACCCAAGAGCGCUACAGCAAGGAAUACAUUGACAUGUUCCUAAAAUUAGACAACAGCACAGAAACUGACAAGAUUCAGAAUAACUCUGAUGAGCUGCAAUCAAGGGUGGAGGAGAUACACAACAGCAAAAUGAUGUUGGAAAAUGAAUUGAAAAGCAAGGUGCUGGCCCACAUGGAAGUUGACAGAAGAAUAAAUCACCUGAAGCCAGACCUCGUGCAGCUCAAAAAAAUCAGAGAUCAGUAUUUGAUCUGGCUCUCACAGCAAGGAACCAGGCAAAGCCAAAUUAAUGACUGGCUUGGUGUAAGAAAUGAAGAAGACCCAUACACCCUAGCAGACGGUACCCACCACGAGGAGAGAACCUGGUAUGUUGGAAGUAUGACUCGAAAGGAGGCAGAGGAACUGCUUAGAGGCAGAAGGGACGGCACUUUCCUCAUCAGAGAUAGCCAAAGUCAGAAAGGAUCCUACGCCUGCUCUGUAGCCGUGGACGGGCACGUGAAGCACUGUAUGAUCAACAGGACAUCUACGGGCUAUGGCUUUGCUGAGCCAUAUAACCUGUACCCAUCACUCAAAGAGCUGGUGCUCCACUAUCAGCACACAUCCCUGAUCCAACACAACCAGCAGCUGAAUGUAACCCUGGCCUGGCCUGCUCUCAGCCAGCAGCCCAGCUGAGAAACCACCAGCAUGCCACACUGAUAGCACUUUCUCGAUGUUUCACUUUAUCAGCACUCCGAAGAACAGCAAAACAGGAAGGACACUGUUAACCAGCUCAAACUGAAAAGGUGUUGAGAAUUUUAGCGCUUAUUUUUUAUAUCCUACAAAAGCAUGAUGAUACCUCCCUUUGUUUUUCGUUUUUAGAACAAUCACAUGUCUGUAAUGUUUUUCUUGUUAGGCAACAAAAAAUAGAAAAUUAUAUUUGAGACCAAGAUUUUUUUAGUGCAUUAACUAUGAAACCUCACGUGCUGUGACAGUAUGAUAGAUGCCCACAGUAUGUUUAACAUUGCUUUGACAGUCACUUAUUCCUUGAGGAGAUUUUUAUUGAAGCAAUUUGCUGGCGGACCCAAUGACAAUGUAAACAAUCGGUACAUCUGCAAUUAAUGAUUCUCUUUACUCAGGAUGUCCUGAUCAUCCAUAAGUGAGAUCGGCCGAUACCAAUCACAUGUAUUAUAAUCCCUUAAAUAUUUUAUUUAUUUAUGGGGGGUGCUAUUGACAGUUUAACAAUAUCAACACAAUAUUUAAACAAGUUCCUUAUUCUCUUUCUUGGUGUGUUCAGCCUCGUCCUUCGUGGAUAAUGAUACUUAGACACUUAUGAUAUAAAGAAAUGCAGCUUAUUUGCAGUAAUGGAGGUAGUUAAUACCUUAGGUGGAGCUGCUCCACAUUGUGUAUGGAGACACAUAAUUAGCUGUUAGCUACACAGUCAGCCAGAGGGAUCAACAAUAAAAUGCAUUGAUCGGCAAUGGCGAUCACAUAAUUUUCACAAAAAUCGGCCGAUACUGAUUUGUGGCCUAUCGAUUCGCAUAUCCCUACACUUAAGUAAUGGUAAUGGUGUUUAAGCAGCUAUUACAGUGGUACCACAGUUUUCGUUAAAACCCAAUUUUUUUUGUAUGAUUCAGUUUGAAAAAGUAGAUAAGAAACUUUAUUGAAUUGAAGAAAGAAAUUAUGGCAAAGUAUGAAGGUGGCAAUUGUAUUCCUUACCUUCCCCUCUUUCUCUGCACUUUGCCAUCUUGCCCUUAGUGACGGUAAAAGUGAUUCAUUCAUUAAUUUAUAUAUACUUAGUGUAUAUUUAUUUUAUAACGCAAAUAUAUAUCUGCACUGUUUUCUGCAUGUACAGUAAGAAGGGGAUUCAUAUGGGCCCCAUUUGUCGCAGGCUACCUGACACAUAAAACGUGACAAAUUGGGGAUGUGCACUAUCCACCUUAGCCGCCAGAUGGCAGUAGAGUGUUGAAUAUCUUAAAUGCGUUUUGUGGCAAUUCCAACUUUGACCACAACGCCAGUUGCGUUAUACAGAGUGGUACUUUACAUCAUUUUUAAGCAGACUGCUUGGCAAAAUGAUUAACCCCUCACUAGGGCUGGGCGGUAUACUGGUAUUACUAUGAACAAUUUUACAGUUAAUACCGGUAUAUUUUAGAAAGAGAUAUAUUUUUGUAACAAUACGUCAUACCGGUAUCUUUUGAUGUGCCUUUGUUACAGCAGUUUGCGGCCGGGGGGCCUGGCAGGCACCGUAGCUGAGAAGGGUACGGCACGCAUCCGGAGUCGCUACCGCGCUUUGCCGACACCAAUUCCCGUACUAUAGCUCCAGCGACUGGCGGGGGAUCCUCUUUAAAAACCAGAGGUAACACAAACUGGUGAAAAGAUUCAACAAAACAGCUGUCACAGCCAACAAAACCGCCUCCACUGAAGCUAACAAAUACAGCUCAGUUGAAGCUCUCGCUGAAAUUACACGUUGCCUGGCAACAGGCACCGCCUUUUAAAAAGGCACUCACUGUCUGCCAUCAUAAAACUUCUCAACAGCAUAUUAAUUAUAUUUAAAAAACACAAUUACAUGUAUUAAAGUUUAAUUCCAUUCAUAAUUAAAUUACAUUUUUGGUCAAGUAACUAUAAUUACUUUUAAAAAGUAAUUUUCAUAACACUGGUAGUAACAGUAAUGCGGUGUUGAGUUUAAAUUUCCGCUCAGUGCGUUUGUCAUUUCUGGGUUGCAAUGUUUUUGACCGAGAGGAACAUACAUUUUGUUAUUGUUUUUUUAUUAUUAUUUUUUGUGGGUGGGGAGUGUCAUUCAAUGGCUGCAUUAGACAAGUUCUAGAGGCAUAGCAUAUACACAAACAGAAAACAGCUGAAAAUUAGGAAGAAGAUUUUCACAAUGUUUUAAAAGAUUCAACCUCACCAAAAGGUGGGCUGCUCCUACUAUUUGGUCACCCAAGUUUACGUUUCGCCUAAAAUGUUUACAUUUUGAAGUUGCUUCCCUGUUGUCCAGCAAUGCUAAUAUUUCCAACAAUAUUUAGUAACAUCAGUAUGUUGUUGCCAUAGAAUAAACAACCUGCGAGAGAUUUAUUUACAGAGCAUUUGUGGAGUAUUAACACCGCUUUAUUUUUUCCACAUUUAUGUUACAGCCAUAUUCCAAAAUGGAAUAAUUCGUUUUCGUCAUCAAAAUUCCCCAAACAAUACCCCAUAAUGACAAUGUGAAAAGGUAGAACAUAUUUUAAAAAUAACAUGUACAUAAGUAUUCACAAAAUUUUCUUAAUACUCUGUUGAUGCACCUUGCGCAGCUAUUACAGCCUCAAGUGAAUUAAGCAUGGUGGAGGCAGCAUAAUGCUGUGUGGAUGUUUUUCAGCAGCAGGACCUGGUAGACUAGUUAGGAUAGAGGGAAAAAUAAAUGCAGCAAUGUACAGAGACAUCCUGGAAGAAAACCAAUGCUUUCCAUCCAACCUGAUGGAGCUUGAGAGGUGCUGCAAAGAGGAAUAGGCAAAACUGCCCAAAGAUAGGAGUGCCAAGUUUGUGGCAAAAAGGCUUGUGGCUGUAAUUGCUGCCAAAGGUGCAACAAAAAAAAAUUGCGCAAAGGCUGUGAAAAUUGUAUUGAGAGCAGUGCUAUCAGACAAAUGGCAGUACAAAUAUGUGCGAGACUUAUGGUUGUCAAUGGGAGUGUUGUGCGACACACCAACUAACUGUUAGUAUACCUGUGAGUGCUUGUGUUCUUGUUUCUGUUACACAGAUUAUUUACAUACACACAUUUAGAAUACGUGUUAAAUCCGUUCUGUAAAAUAUUCAAAACGCAGUUUUUGUACCGUUCUUGUGAAGAGAAAAACAUUGAAACUGAAUGCACACCACAAGAAUUGCACAGCAGCUCUUAAAUGGGGUAACAUUAAAGCAUAGAAUUUGCACUAAUGCAUCUCAUUUGAUGCGGAUGUAUCAUGACCGUUUUCUGUUAUGUCAUGUUAUUGUCUGUAACUGAAGCAGGCCGAUUUGUGAUGGUGCUAAGUGUGCUGACGGAUGUCAUGUGACUAACAGAGCACUAAUGGACAGUGCUAGUGUGUGGCAUCUUGUUACCAACAGUGGUUUAUUAUUUGGAGUAGGUAACUUUGUAUUUUCUCAAGUGUGUGUGCGAUGUCAUCUUCUGCUGCUGUAUUGUAACGUAUAUACUUCAUCCCCAUGCACAAAGAAACACAUCAGCCUAGUAUAACGCACCUGAAACGAUCGGUUUGAUGAAACUAUAGACAGAAGAUGAGCUGUUAUCUUGUAGCUUAUAAAACAGUGGGGCUAAUUUAUGAAUUUCUUUGCAAACGGCCAUAUUUGUUUUGAAGUUUUUAACACUGAAAAAUUGUGUUAUUCAUUGUGCAAUGGCGCCAUCUUUUGGACAAGUUUGGUCACUGCAGGCGCUGCAGGGUGAACGUCCACAGUAUUAUCUUUGGUUGUGUGCUUUGAACCAGAAGUACAAGUGCCGUUCCGUCGUCGACUAGUCCAUAGCCUUUCUUCAUUCAUCACUCCAAACAAUGUUUUGGAAGUUUUACAACAUAACUAAAAUAUUUCAUAAUUACUAAACCGUCCCCAGUGUGAUGUCUGUAGGAGUGUUUUCAUGCUUAUUUGUACGUACUAUCGUAAUGUUACCAAGCUAAGAUUCUUAGCAUUAGCUAAUAUGAUAACACGUUUACGUAUUAGUAUUAACUUACAAUGGCAUUCUGUUCGUAUAGUUCCAGUUUCAUAAAUUCACCAAAACGUCACAGAGGAGUUAUUGAACAUGUUAAGCUGAUUGGAGAGUUCGCUUCCGCAGCUAGUGGGUCCAUGACGAUGACUUUUGUUUUGUUUGAUCAGCCAUUUUACUGCUGGGUGUCAGGCACCGUUUGGAAACAAUUAAGGAAUGACCAUUUAUAAAAUAACUGAUGUCACAACAUAUAUCUUCUGCUUACAGUCCGGUGCAGCUAAUACAUGGAAAAAAAGAUUUACUUCUAAAAUUUAGUGGGUGCGGUUUAUGUGCGCAAUAAUCUGGAAAAUACGGCAAUUCCUAUAUACCCAAAUCUAGUUGUCUAUUUUUUACCUUUGUACAUUAAUCAGUUUUGUUCAAGUAGCCAUUAUACAAGUGAAUGGAAUUUUCCCUAAACAUGACAAAACAUGGUGAAAUAUUGAUUUAAAAUACACACUCGAUUUUCUUACAUCCAAACCCUCCUCAGGUGAUUUUACUGUGUCACUGCUGGCUUGGAAUGGUUGCAGUAUGAGGGAACAAGCUUUGAAAAUACUUUCCCCAGUGAUCUCAGUUAUGGUCAUAUUCACAUACAUUUGCAUUACAAAAUAAGGGAAUGUUUCUGUUAAAUAAGGGAAAACAAGUGGAAUUCUGCCUGAAAUUUACAACAUGGGAAAAAUACAAAAACGCAAGGGCACCACUAAAGAAGUGAAAAAGACAGGAGAAUUUCUGGGAAAAGGUGAGGGCUGACAAGAAUGAGUAUUCACAAUUAAAAUGUAAGUCUCUGUAAUAGCAGUGCUGGAAACAAUUACAUCAAUAUAACAUUUGAACAAAACAAGCUACUGCAUGGUAUAUUAACAUCAGCUUCCAUUAUAGAGUAUGUUGGUAGAAGUUUAGAGACUGUUAUGUAGAAUUUGAGGUUGUUUGAAUUGUGAUAGCUGCGUUUACACUGCAGAUCGAAGCGCUCAAUUUAGAGCUCAAUUUAGAGCCUAUAGCAGAGAUCUUCAACAGAGGGUCCGCGAUUCCACGGCAGACAAAAGGGGUACUGCAGGGAAGCUGUGAAGUUUUUGGUUGAUUUUUAUGAUAUAUCGUUUUAUAUUUACCCUUACAAUUUUUUCACAAAUGUAUUUAAAUACACAUGAACAUUGAGCCAACGCAUUGUCACGUAGUUGAAUAUGAAUAAAUAAUAACAUGAGUAAAUCAUUACUUCAUUCAUGUUAGUAUUUAGUAUAGCUAGCCAUCGGCACGCUGUAGUGGCCAGCUAGCGAUCUGCGCCCUAGUUGCCAGCUAGUGAUUAGAGCGCUAGUUGUCAGUUAGCAAUUAGCACACUACUGUCAGCUGACAAUAAAGCCCUUGCUGCCAGCUGGCAAUUAGCGUGCUAAUUGUCAGCUAGCACUUGGCGUGCUAGUUGUCAGCUAGCGAUUGACACCCUACUUGUCAGCUAGCAACUGGAACGCUAGUUGUCAGCUAGCAAUUAGUGCGACAGUUGCCAGCUACCAAAUAGCGCACUAUUAUCAGCAAGGGAUUUAAUUUCAUUUGCAGAAGCCCUGAUUCAAUGCAAUUACACGCAGUACAUGUUUUCUGUUAAAACUGAAAAUGCCAGAAAGUGUCGAAUUGGAAGAAAAGGAAGAGAAUUCAUAUUAGGGGUUGCACGUUCCGCUUUAGUCGCCAGUCGGCACUACAGUGUUGAAUUUUUUAAAAUCCGUUUUGUGGCAAUUCCGACUUUGGCCACAGCAUCAGUUGCUAUAUAGAGUGACACUUUCCAUCAUUUUCAGCAGACUGCAUUGCAAAAUUAUAACCCCCCCCCCACCCCUCACGCAACAUUCACUCAGAAAUGGGGCCAUAUAAAUCCCUACAGUAUGUAUUAUUUCCAGCCUUUUGUGGUCCACAUAACAUUUUGUGCCGGGACAUCUGUGGAUUAAAGGACUUCUUCUCAACCAAAUUUGUUUACCGGAAGUAAACAAAUACCUGACUUCGAAAUACAUUUAAAAUUAUCUCAAGAUCUCGCAAAACUAUCUCAGGAUCUGGCAAUAUUUUCUUUGGAUUGUGUUUUGCUCACCCCCUAACCCCUGUAUCUGAAAGAGGCUACUUGGAAGCAAAUACAAAUCGGAAUGGUGUCGCCUCAUAGUGCAAAUCAAAACUACGAGAAGGGCAGAAAAAGAACAAUCUACAGGAAUGUUGUGAUUGAGAGGAGUGUUACAAAAAAUAUGUUUUCCUGUCACCUGUUUGACAUUUGUCCGUCAUCCUUUCAGACAUAGACAUUUUAUUCAAAUAUUUGGUCAAUCGGAAGAAUUAUUCAGCAUGAAAAAAAAAGGGGAAAGUUUUGUUUGAGUUUGAGCUGACCAAAUACCUCUCUAUUUGUUGUUUCCCCCCAAAGUAAGUAAUGUUUCUGUGACUUGUCGCUCUAGUGACUGUAAAAAUUGCCCUUCUUCUUUUAUCCAAAUCAUUUAGUUGCACUUAAUAUUUUAUUGCUGUCAAGAAAUACUGCUGACGUAAAUGUUUGUUUUCUAUUUCAAUUAUGCAAUGACAUUGUGCGUGUUUUGUCGCGGUAGCUUGUCUUUCUUGCAGGAGUGAGUCAUCUGAUGAAAAUGUGCUGGUUCAAAAUGUUUUAGUUGGUGUGAAACCUAUUGUCCUUAUUUACCUUCUUCCAGACUACCAUUGUUCAUGUAUGCACUUUAACUACCAAAUAAAGUCAACAUUAUAAAAACGUG